AUGAAUAGUAUUGAAUCAUUAGCGCAACGUAUCCACAGUGAUGGGUUCGUCGUCUUGUCUAACGAGCGAUAUCAAGUCGCCAAGUCGCUCGUAACACUUGUACGAACUCAAGUGCUUACUUUAUAUGAAGAAUAUCUGACCAAAGCUAAUACCCAGCAGCUUGAUUUGAAACGUCGUGACCAUGCUGAACGUCUUCCAGGUUUUUAUGUGCGUGAAGGUGGUCGAAUCGACAUGCAGUUGCAAAGCUUUUCAUUUCAAACUCACGUCGUCGAGACAAUCAACUCUGUUGAUCGAUAUCUACUGAACAACAUGCUUGCAACGUGGGAGUCAAUUCUUACGGAGCUCUUUGCACCUAAUUCGUUUCAACUCGAGUAUAUUGGUUGUGUCCUUUCACGACCAGGAGAUGGGGAUCAGAAUUGGCACUUAGAUGGAGUCCAUCGUAACCAAAGUGUCCAGGAACCUGUCAAUCGUCUUAAUGUCUUUGUGCCGUUGGUGGCCAUUACGGACCAAACUGGAGGUACUGAAAUGAAGAUCAGGUCGCAUCUCCAUGAUCAUGGAGCUCGUGGAACGGCUUUUGAAGACUACAAGGACUUGCCAAGUGUUACAGCGUGUGUGGAAGCGGGGACACCAAUUAUAAUGGACUACCGCGUAUGGCACCGUGGUUUAGCGAAUACGAGUGAGAACACUGUGCGUCCUCUGCUCUAUUUCAAAUACUCCAGGAUGACAGCAUCUCUGGUGAUCAAGACUCCAGCGACUUGUACAAAGAAGAGAAAGAGAAUCAUUCCAAUGGUAGUAUAA